UCUCUCUCUAUAUUUAAGUUAAUGUACUCCUGCUUUUUUUCUGUUUAUGUAACCAACCAAAAGCUUAAAGGGAGUUUUCGUUGUAAGUAAAAGAAUGGAAGGGAAGAUGAAGAUUGGACCCGUAGGGAAGCAUGAUGCGAGAAGCAGUACAAUUGUAAACUGGGACGAAGGAAAACACGACGGCUUCAUCUCUCAGAUUUUCCUAUCUCAUAGCGUCGGAGGUAUUAUGUCUAUCCAGUUCCAGUUCGUGCUGGACGGUAAGCUUGUUUUAUCCGACCGUCACGGUCCAUUUUCCGGCAACAUGUUUGACGUCAUAGAGCUGAACUAUCCUCAUGAGUACAUAACUGGAAUCAGCGGAGAGUAUUACAAGUAUGAAGCUAGCAAUCCUCACAUAAGGUCUCUCAAAUUCACUACCAACACCAGUGAUUACGGUCCUUUUGGCACUUCGGGUUCCAGCUAUGAGAAAUUCGCGUUUAAACUCGGGAAAUCUCCUCAGUUUGGAGGUUUCCAUGGGACUUACGAUUCCUCCGGACUACAGUACAUCGGUGUUUAUCUCCAGCCUAAAACAGUUCAACCCAAAAUCGAUACGAGUAAUGCAGAGGAAAUGGAGUCAAAAAUUGUUUUGGGUUGAAAAGUGUUUGUAUCAUAAAUAAUAUUGUCCUGCAGAUUAUACAUGCUUAAACGCUGCUAUGAAUAAACUGAUACGUGUUACAUAUAA